AUGAUGGAGGAUAUGGAUAAGGAGCUAGAUCGCUUGGUGAACCAAUUAAGCACAAAAGAACAAAUAGAUCGAAUUCUCAAUGCGCUCACGCUUGACCCGUACUCAAUACUCGAUCUACCGCAUUCGUCCAGUACAGAUGCCGUCAAGCAGAAAUAUAGGGCAAUAUCAAGACAAAUACACCCUGAUAAGACGAAAUUAGAGGGCGCAGCGAAGGCGUUUGACCUGCUGAAGAAAUCAGAAAGUAUACUCAUGGAUCCAGAACAGAGGGAGAAACUGGAUGACGUUUACAAGGAAGCUGAGAUUCAGAGUCAACAACAGGGACUCGAUAUCGAUGCUGUGUACAAGGAAUUGCUCAUCAAGGAUGAAUUCAAGAAACGAAUGCAUUUGAAAAGGGAAAUGGAAAGACAAGGCAACGAGGAGAAGCUCAAGGAAGACUCCAUCAAGUUUGCGAAGGAGAAGAAAGCUGCUAAUGAGAAAUGGGAAGAUGAAAGAGACGAUAGGGUAAAGAGCUGGCGAGCAUACAAGGGUAAGGUCGACAAGAAGAAAACAAAGAAGAAGAAAGUUAAGGUAUUGGCGUAA